UCAACAUGGAGGAUAUUUCACUUUCUGGUGUAUGAAGGUACAUCAGAGUAAGUUCAUCAGAUCCGAGGCAGGAACUAGUAUUAUCUAUCCCUUUUAAAAAUGAAUUAAUUAAUUACUAGUAGGUUACAGUAACGAAUUCAUCAGAGGAAAGAGAUAAAAAAAAAAAAGGAACAAGAAAUAAAUUAACUGAAGACGACAUAUAUAUAGGUUGUAGAGAGAGACGUGUGAAUGGAGUUAAGUAUGAAGUGAGGGAGAAUGGAAGAGCGCUUUAUUAAGUAAAAGGAAAAAGUUCUGGUUCUUGUCUAUUCUAUUUUCUCUCUCGACUUUCUUCAAGUUUUUGUUUUUCUCGUAAAAAUGUGCUUUUUAUUUUUGAUUGUUUAGGGAUUUUAGUUUUUUUGUGUGAUUGAAGUGGAAGAGUUCAAUUUGAUUCAUUCAUUAUUUAAUCUUUCUUCGAAAAGGUUUUUUUAUCUGGUCCAAGGUCAUGGGUUCCUUGUGCUGUCAAAUUGAAAAAAGUGUGAUAUUUGAUCGAAGAUAUUAAAAUUACUUUUUGACUAUUGUCAGAGUUUUGAUUUUGUGAAGAUAAGAUUUUGAUUGUGCCAUAUCAUAUGCAUGUAUAUGCUGAUGCUGCUAAUCUGUGUGCUUCAAAUAAGGAGGUAACUUUAAUUGGAUUUUUCUGCUUCUAGCGUUCCAUUUCUGCGAGAGAAAAAUCUGCUUGGUUUGUGCUAUGAAUUAAAAAUUGUUGAUUGGAAUGAUUAGUUUUAUGGAAUCGAAAGAGAAAAUGAGAGAAACAGAGAGAUGUUUGGAUUCUCAACUAUGGCAUGCCUGCGCCGGCAGCAUGGUGCAGAUGCCAUUGAAGAAUUCCAAGGUGUUUUACUUCCCACAGGGCCACUCUGAGCACAGCUGUGGGAAUGUUGAUUUUAGAAAAUUUCUAAGAAUUCCUGCUUACAUACCAUGUCGAGUUUCUUCGAUUAGUUUCAUGGCGGAUCCUGACACGGAUGAGGUCUUUACCAAGAUGAGAUUGUCUCCGGCUAGUGGGAGUGAUGCCGCUGAGGUUGAUCAUGAUGAAGGAGGGGCUGUUGGCUCUGAGAAUCAAGAAAUGCCCGCUUCGUUCGCAAAGACUCUAACUCAGUCUGAUGCCAACAAUGGUGGGGGGUUUUCAGUGCCUAGGUACUGUGCGGAGACCAUAUUUCCCCGGCUGGACUACUCGGCUGACCCUCCCGUGCAGACCAUUCUUGCUAAGGAUGUUCAUGGCGAGACCUGGAAGUUUAGGCAUAUCUACAGGGGGACGCCAAGGCGGCAUCUUCUCACAACUGGCUGGAGUACUUUUGUGAACCAUAAGAAGCUCCUGGCGGGGGACUCCAUAGUGUUCAUGAGGGCGGAGAAUGGUGAUCUUUGCAUUGGUAUCAGGCGGGCGAAGAGGGGGAUUGGUGAUGGAACUGAUACUUGGAAUCUGGCCGGAGGGAGCUCCAUUGUGCCUUAUGGGGGGUUUUCAUCGUCUCUGAGGGAUGAUGAGAAGAACAAUAAUGUGAAUUGGAUAGAAAGGGGGAGAGUGAAGGCGGAAGAUGUGGUCGAAGCUGCAAGUCUUGCUGCCAGUGGACGCCCCUUUGAGGUGGUGUACUAUCCCAGAGCCAGCACUCCUGAGUUCUGUGUGAAGGCCUCUCUGGUGAAGGUAGCAAUGCAAAUACGUUGGUGCUUGGGGAUGAGGUUUAAAAUGGCAUUUGAGACCGAGGAUUCGUCGCGCAUAAGCUGGUUCAUGGGAACUAUAUCAUCAGUUCAGGUUGUUGAUCCUAUUUGGUGGCCUGAUUCACCUUGGAGAUUGCUUCAGGUGGCCUGGGAUGAGCCUGAUCUGCUUCAAAAUGUGAAACGAGUAAGCCCUUGGCUCAUUGAACUCGUAUCGAACAUGCCUGCCAUUCACCUCUCUCCUUUCUUACCACCAAGAAAGAAAAUGAGAUUACCACAGCAUUCAGAUCACCCUUUCGAUGGACAAAUUCCAAUGCCACCAAUCAGCCACCAUGUCGGGUCUAGCAAUCCCUUCGGGUGUCUUCCUAAUACCACUCCUGCUGGCAUGCAGGGAGCCAGGCAUGCUAAAUAUGGUUUAUCAUUAUCAAGUCUCCACGUAAAUAAGCAACUGCAGUUGGGUUUGUUUCCUGUUGGUUUUCUACCUCAUGACCGAUAUCCUACUGGACAGUCCAGACCCCUCCUUCCGAUACCUGCCAGCAAUGAGAACAUUUCCUGUCAACUUACCAUGGGAAAUCCAACUCACGGAUCAGCUAAACCUGAUCACGGAAAGGCAGCCCCAUUUCUGCUUUUUGGUAAGCCAAUACUUACAGAGAACCAGAUUUCUCUGAGUUGCUCUAGUGAUACAGUUUCCCCCACUCGAACUGGCAAUAGUUCCUCUGAUGGGAAUGUAGAGAAAACGGGAAAUACUUCUGAUGGAUCUGGUUGCGGCCUGAAUCAAAACGAAGUACCAGAGCACUCAUCAUGUGAAGGAAUUCAACCAGAUAUUCUGGAAACUGGUCACUGCAAGGUUUUUAUGGAAUCUGAGGAUGUAGGACGUACACUAGAUCUUUCUCUACUAGGUUCUUAUGAACAACUGUACAGAAAACUCGCGGAUAUGUUUGGCAUUGAUGUCUCAGAAAUACUGAAUCGAGUUCUCCGCAGAGAUGCUGCAGGCAGAGUCAAGCCAGUUGGUGACCAACCGUUUAGUAACUUUAUCAAAACUACGCGGAGGUUAACGAUCUUAGCUGAUUCGAGCGGUUACAAUGUAGAAGUAUAGACAUGUUCCUAAGUAAUUUAUGCUUCGAUUUUCUGACUAUACUGCUGAAUGACAUUCUUGAGUUUCUUUUCUGCUUCUGGAUGUGUAAUAAGGAAAUUUCUCCCAUCUAUCUCGAGUCGCUGCCUUGGUCUUCUGCAACUUGCAAGAUGAGCCAAAAGGAUUGGUGAUACUGGUCUUGUUUCUUUGCCCUCUGAGGCUUUAUGUGGGGAAAUUUCAUGUUAGUUUUUUCACAAUUUAUGCCAAGGCAUUUCCUUCCAUGAGAAUGAACAUGUUGGACUUGAUCCUCCAUCAUAAUGUUUGCUGAUUUAAGAGAUUUUUAGAGAAAGGCAGUUUCUUGUUGGUUUUCUCAGUGAAGUUAGUUGGCCUGAAUUUUCUCUGUACAAAAUAAGUUUGAUAUAAAGUGUAGCUAGUUUAUUUA